AUGCUAUUCUCCGAGGAUGGGCAGACCUCCUCCAUUGAACACAUAGGCCGUUGCACGGCCCAAUGUGGAGAGGCCGAUUUGGACGCCCAAAAGCUCCGUUUAUUUGUUCACUCUCUGACCGGUGCGGCGUUCUCGUGGUUCAUAAACCUUCCACCGAAUUCAGUAAGGGAUUGGUCUGAUAUGGAAAGGAUAUUCCAAGAACAUUUCUAUCAGACCAAUCGAGAAAUAACGGUCGCCGAGCUGGCAAGGAUGAACCAGGCGCCAGAUGAAUCACCUCGCGACUACCUACAGCGGUUCAAAACAUGUGGGAACUGGUGCCGCACGAACCUACCAGAGAGGGAAUUUGUCAAGAUGGCCGAAGAAGGAUUGGAAUUUGAAUACCGGAAGAAAUUCCAAGGGAUCGAAUUCCGGGACAUGCAUGACUUGAUCAACAAGGUGGACAGAUACGCAUCCUUGUUGAAAGAAGAAAUGCAGAAGAAAACGGCUUCUAAAGGGACGUACUACAGGAAUCCCAUUGUCAGCUACGCCGAAGCAGACGGCUUCGCGGAGGCCGAGAGCGACGAAGUAGAGGUGAGUUUGGCCGAAGUCAGCAUAGAAAAACCGUUCGUCUGCAAAGGACUUAUCAAGGCCAAUAAUAGCCGCACAAAAAUCCCCGACGCCAAGUUUGCAACUCGGGAAACGAAGGCCUACACUUUCGACCUGACAAGGGCCGAGGCUAUCUUCGACCUGUUAUUGGAAGAGAAAAAGGUCAAAUUAUCUUUCGGCCAUAAAAUUCGGAAACCCGACGAGCUUAAAGGAAAGACGUUUUGCAAAUACCAUAGUUCUUGGUCUCACAACACCAACAACUGUGUUGUCCUGCGGCCAUGCAGGUUGACUCCAAGCCAUUCCCUCCACCUAUUGUCAACAUGUUCAACGCCCAACUCCGGGCCGAAUGUAGGGAAGUUCGUCGACUAG